UCAUCAUCAUCAUCAUCAUCAUCAUCAUCAUCAUCAUCAUCAUCAUCAUCAUCAUCAUCAUCAUCAUCAUCAUCAUCAUCAUCAUCAUCAUCAUCAUCAUCAUCAUCAUCAUCAUCAUCAUCAUCAUCAUCAUCAUCAUCAUCAUCAUCAUCAUCAUCAUCAUCAUCAUCAUCAUCAUCAUCAUCAUCAUCAUCAUCAUCAUCAUCAUCAUCAUCAUCAUCAUCAUCAUCAUCAUCAUCAUCAUCAUCAUCAUCAUCAUCAUCAUCAUCAUCAUCAUCAUCAUCAUCAUCAUCAUCAUCAUCAUCAUCAUCAUCAUCAUCAUCAUCAUCAUCAUCAUCAUCAUCAUCAUCAUCAUCAUCAUCAUCAUCAUCAUCAUCAUCAUCAUCAUCAUCAUCAUCAUCAUCAUCAUCAUCAUCAUCAUCAUCAUCAUCAUCAUCAUCAUCAUCAUCAUCAUCAUCAUCAUCAUCAUCAUCAUCAUCAUCAUCAUCAUCAUCAUCAUCAUCAUCAUCAUCAUCAUCAUCAUCAUCAUCAUCAUCAUCAUCAUCAUCAUCAUCAUCAUCAUCAUCAUCAUCAUCAUCAUCAUCAUCAUCAUCAUCAUCAUCAUCAUCAUCAUCAUCAUCAUCAUCAUCAUCAUCAUCAUCAUCAUCAUCAUCAUCAUCAUCAUCAUCAUCAUCAUCAUCAUCAUCAUCAUCAUCAUCAUCAUCAUCAUCAUCAUCAUCAUCAUCAUCAUCAUCAUCAUCAUCAUCAUCAUCAUCAUCAUCAUCAUCAUCAUCAUCAUCAUCAUCAUCAUCAUCAUCAUCAUCAGCAUCAUCAUCAGCAUCAUCAGCAUCAUCAUCAUCAUCAUCAGCAUCAUCAUCAUCAUCAUCAGCAUCAUCAGCAUCAUCAUCAGCAUCAUCAUCAUCAUCAUCAUCAUCAUCAUCAUCAUCAUCAUCAUCAUCAUCAUCAUCAUCAUCAUCAUCAUCAUCAUCAUCAUCAUCAUCAUCAUCAUCAUCAUCAUCAUCAUCAUCAUCAUCAUCAUCAUCAUCAUCAUCAUCAUCAUCAUCAUCAUCAUCAUCAUCAUCAUCAUCAUCAUCAUCAUCAUCAUCAUCAUCAUCAUCAUCAUCA